AUGACCGCAGACAGUACCCCGCAUCUUUCUGACAGCCGGGGCUCCAAGCUGGUAUACGAUGCCCACCACCCAACCCAUGCCUCUGUCCCACCAGGCUGGGAUAUGUACAUUCACCCGCAAGGGUGGGUGUAUUUCACCAAUCCCGUUGCUAAAGUCGUGACCGACGAGGAUGUCCGAAUCCCUGCUGUCCUCCAAGAUAUUGAGAAGUAUACUGCGACUUUUCCUCUUUCUGAGUUAGACGAGCACAUGGAAAUAUUGGUCCCUUGCGGGGCGCUUCCCAAAGAACACAUCUUGACUCUGGUAGUCAACCAUCUUCACUGCACUGCUUCGUAUACGAUCGACCAGGCCAAGGCGGAGAAUUUUCCCCAAUUAGAGCGAUAUAUGGUGAACAAGCAACAUAGGCUUUAUUGGAAUUAUCUCUCAGCACAUCCUGUCCAUGUACCAACGCCAGUAAUUGCAGAAGCUCAGGUGAGGGAUGCUUUGACGUGGUACCAAAUCGAUAACCUUAAUACCGGCGCUCGAAGUGUUGUUCCAUUUUCUAAAACCGAAUGUGAGGAUCUGCUCAGGACUCUCAAUGAUGCGAAAGUAGGUACUUCUUCAGAGGCGUCUGUUUCUCGCACAGUCUUUUUGUCAUGGGUCUCUCGAGAAAUAUGGAGCUUUCGUGAUGCCGAGCGUUACGGUCGGUACACGAAGAGGCAGUCGAAUGAAUUGCGGGCGGCAGGAAAGCGGCCAGAACCUGAAUCGGUGCCAGCACUCCCCAUCUACAUCCGUCUUCCCUUGGACUUCGUCGUAUAUUUGGCUUUUUUUGGAAUACCCUCUACGUACCUUGCCCAUGUCAAGGAUGCCAGCGAGUACCACGGACGUCUAUCGAAUAUCCAAUGGAGGUGGGAGCGUUACAUCGAUCGUAUCGUUCAAGAAUACCAGGAUUUUUUGCUCAUAUUCCUCACCGCUCGGCUUUGUAGCGCAAACGUAAGCUUUCUUGCCAUAGGGGACAUUGGCGCGACAGGCCAAGCUGCUGGCGUUGUUUCGGUCUUUGCAUCGAUGGGAAGCAUCAUUGUUGGUGUAUUUUGUGUGUGGAAGCAUCAAGCCAACCGGCAUCAGUCAAGAUCCUUUGCCUAUCUGCACAAUGCGCAUCACGGUAUUCUUGGAUUGCAAGGCCAUGCCUUGACUCUCAGUCUCCCACCAGUUCUCCUUGUAUGGGCCGUUAUUGCGUUCGCCGUAGCCUUCCUUGCGUACACGAUAGACGGGACAUACAAUCCAAGCAAGCUAGGCCAGGCAGCAGCAUGGGCUACACUUGGUGUCUCGCUCGUUGUGCUUCUGUUCAUCGUGGUUGGGCUUUACACGUUCGCAAGGAUAUGGAAAUGGAGAAGCCGUUGGCGUAUGUGA